AUGCAACAAUGGACAUCAUAUGAAUGUACUUAUAUGAAAUAUGAACUCGUUAAAUCUUAAUUUUAUGGAUUUUUUUUUGAGAAUAAAGCUUGUUCGAAAAAUGGAAAAAAUUGCAUUUCAGUUAUAAUAUAUUCAAAAUAGAAAAUUAUGACUCCAAUUAGAAAAGGUUUGUGUUUAGCCGAACAUAAGUUUAUUUAAGCAGUUAAAAAAGGUUGA